ACACUGCGCCGAGCCCGCGCCCCGCCGCCACCUCGGCCGGGAGUCAGGGACCGAGCCCUGCGUGUCCGCGCGGGGCGCCCAAGCCGCGGGGCGCACGGCGGCGCCCGGAGAGGAGCGCCCCGGGGCGGCCGCAGCUCCGGGCACCAUGCAGAGAGCCGGAGGCGGCGGCGCCCCCGGGAGCAGCGGCGCGGGCAGCGGCGGGGGCCCGGGCACUGCCUUCUCCAUCGACUCCUUGAUCGGGCCGCCGCCGCCGCGCUCCGGCCACUUGGUCUACACCGGCUACCCCAUGUUCAUGCCCUACCGGCCGCUGGUGCUGCCGCAGGCGCUGGCCCCUGCACCGCUGUCCGCCGGCCUCCCGCCCCUUGCCCCGCUGGCCUCCUUUGCGGGCCGCCUUACUAACACCUUCUGCGCGGGUCUGGGUCAGGCCGUGCCCUCGAUGGUGGCGCUGACCACCGCGCUGCCCAGCUUCGCGGAGCCGCCCGACGCCUUCUACGGGCCCCCGGAGCUCGCCGCCGCCGCCGCCGCCGCCACUGCUGCCCGAAACAACCCCGAGCCGGGCGGCCGACGCCCAGAGGGCGGGCUGGAAGCCGACGAGCUGCUGCCGGCCCGGGAGAAAGUGGCAGAGCCCCCACCGCCCCCGCCUCCGCACUUCUCAGAGACUUUCCCAAGUCUGCCCGCAGAGGGGAAGGUAUACAGCUCAGAUGAGGCACCAGCAGGAGACCCAGCAGGCAGCGAACAGGAGGAAGAGGGCUCCGGGGGCGACAGCGAGGACGACGGUUUCCUGGACAGUUCUGCAGGGGCCCCGGGGGCUCUUCUGGGACCUAAACCGAAGCUAAAGGGAAGCCUGGGGACUGGAACUGAGGAGGGGGCACCGGUGGCAGCAGGGGUCACAGCUCCCGGGGGGAAAAGCCGACGGCGUCGCACAGCGUUUACCAGUGAGCAGCUUUUGGAGUUGGAGAAGGAGUUUCACUGCAAGAAAUACCUGAGCUUGACAGAGCGUUCCCAGAUCGCCCACGCCCUCAAGCUCAGUGAGGUGCAGGUCAAGAUCUGGUUUCAGAAUCGACGGGCCAAGUGGAAGCGCAUCAAAGCUGGCAAUGUGAGCAGCCGUUCUGGGGAGCCUGUAAGAAACCCCAAGAUUGUCGUGCCCAUACCUGUGCAUGUCAACAGGUUUGCUGUGCGGAGCCAGCACCAACAAAUGGAGCAAGGGGCCCGGCCCUGAAUGGGCACCAAGGACUUAGGAAGGCGAUGGAUCUGUGCCUGAGCCCGUGAGAGACUGAGUUAGGAUUCUGUGGACCAGAGGGGCUACAGUGUGAUUCGACUCCGGGAGAGGGGCUAGUUGGCAAUUAACCUAGCCCUUCGUGUACUCCUCCAGGAACCUGAGAUGUGGGUACUUGGCCCUGAGCCUGUUCCAGACACCUUCAGGACUAGGGGCUGCAGGGUAAAGGGGCUCAGGUUCUGAUUGUUGAGGUGCUGUGAGGACCGAGGUGGACUCCUGGGGAAGGGUAGGGUUAUGAUUUCUAGGGCCUGAAGGUUCCAUGGCUAAUGCCCUGGAACAGCUACUGCAGAGGGGAGGAAUCCAGGACCGUACCCUAGCCAAGCAGAUGGCAGCUCCUUAUUUAUUUUGUGUAAAGUUUGUAUAUCUGGAGCUAUCUGUCUCUGUCUGUCUGCACCCCUGAGAGAGAUUGGGAAAGUUGUUUCCUUGGUCCUCAGCCAGAGCUCAUUCCAUCCUACUACUCCUUUGGAGCGGGCACCAUCUUGCCUCCUUUACAGAGAAAUGGAAUGGAACUGUCA